AUGUGGAACGACGAGGAUAACAACCCAUACGGCGCAUUCGAUCCCGAAGCCCGUCUCUCCGAAUCCUUACAUUCGGCGAACCUUUCUCCAACUCUCUACGAACGUGAAUACACUCCUCCUUCCCCCUCCAGCAAGGCGUCAACCCAGGAUCCGACCGACGACUACCUUUCACAUCCGCGUGAUUUUAGCGAUGAGGAAAAUGAAGGAUAUGAUAACCAACCCGCCAGUCAUGGCUACUACGGGAAGUCCGUUUACGAUAGCCGCAUAGAACAAAUUCUUUAUGAGAACCCGGAGAUGCCGAUCCUCAUCAUCGAUGCCGGCAAGAACCACGAGGGUGGUGGAAGCUUUAUCGUGUACACCAUACGAACUGGAGAUUUGGAAGUCCGGCGGCGAUACUCUGAGUUCGCCUCCCUGCGACAGACUCUUGUGAACCUCCAUCCCACACUCGUCAUCCCUCCCAUCCCUGAGAAACAUACAAUGGCGGAUUAUGCAGCCAAACCUACCAAGGCUAAGGAGGAUACUGCGAUAAUUGAGCUCCGAAAGCGGAUGCUGGCGGUCUUUUUGAACCGCUGUCGCAGAAUGAAGGAAGUCCGUGAGGACGGCGUUUGGUGGAGGUUUCUAGAUCCUAAUGUUAGCUGGAGCGAGGUCCUUCAUUCGCACCCCGCAUCCUCGGUACCCAAGAACAAUUUGAAAGCACCUCCCCUAGACCCCGCCAAUCCCACAGCCGCACACGCCUGGCUACCGGUACCAUCUUCUUCCGCGAAGCUCAAGGGUACUUCUGGUCAUACAGGUUCAGCUGCACCUCCCCCAGUUGAUGCGCCGAGCCCCGAUGUUUUAGGGCGUUUCCCUCCGGAGUCCCGCAAAUUGAGCGAGCAAGAGUUGGACCCAUAUUUCAUCAAUUUCGAGGCAUCUACACGGGAGCUUGAGCUGCUAUUGCAAGGGAAUAUCGAGAAAGUCAAUCGUCGAACACUGGCGCAUUUGUCUUCAUUGUCAGCAGACCUCAUGGAGCUUGGGGCACGAUACAACGGCUUCUCUCUAUCCGAACAAUCACCCACGGUAGCCGCGGCGAUUGAGCGAAUUGGUCAGGCAGCAGACACAUCUUACAUCGAAACCGAGGAGCUCUCCAAUGCAUUAAGUGCAAGCUUUGCCGAACCUAUGAGGGAAAGUGCACAGUUCGCUAGCAUUGUUCGUAGUGUCCUACGUUACCGGGUACUGAAACGGGUGCAGGAAGAAAUGACGAGGGAUGAGUUAGCUAAGAAGAAGGCCUUGCUGGAUUCUCUGGAACGGAGCGAGCUGGAAGCAAAACGUAUUGAACAGUACCUGAAUCGGACGUCACCUCAAGGAUCAGGGACGAGAUCGCAACGCUCCUUAUCUACAUCGUCGGCUACAAGCGGACCGGGCAGCCAUGAAUCAAAUAUUCGCCCCGCUGGUCCGGAAGACACUACUUCUAUCGAUUCAGACUUUCCUCCUACCCAUGGGGAGUCGAUCGGCUCGCAUGCGCCGUUACCCCCGGUAUCCCCAUCAAGACGGCCUGAGACAUCCUCCUCUCCAGCACAUCGCAAGUCAGCCAGCGGGACAUUCAUGACGAACAAGUUGUUUGGGCGUAUCAGCCACGCAGUCCACGGGUUUGUUGAUGUUGACCCGGAGAGGACGCGACGAGAUCAGAUUGGAAAAACGAAGGAGAGUUUACUUCAGUUGGAGCAAGCACUUGAGGUUUCGGAAAAGGACGUCAAAGAUGCCAGCGCAGGUGUUUUGCAGGAUUUGAAGCGAUUCCAGAAGGAUAAGGAGGGUGACCUGCGACGUUACAUGGUCGCAUAUGCCCGAUGCCAUCUGGACUGGGCCCGGAAAAACCUGGAGACAUGGACCGAGGCCAAGGAUGAAGUGGACAAGAUCGUCGUCCACUAA